CGUUACUAUCUUUGGUUUUAGACAGAUUUUUACUCAAAACAUUGCCUUUCUUUAGAAACAGGGAACGAUUACUUUUUUUUUAUUAAAGAUAUCUGAAAGGUGGAACCGAUUUCUACGGACUUUUCUUGGUAAUUCUAGUUAAUUUCGAACUAGCUAUAGAUAUUGGUGUUCUUUUGGUUUUUGGUUUGCCAUUGCAAAAAUGAAGAAUAAAUACACUCCUGUUUCAGACUCUGACGAGUCUUUCAAAACACUCAUUGAUGAAAAGGUAGACACCCAUUCUUCAGAUGGUACGCCUCCUCCGUAUUCAGCUUCAAACAAAUUUAUCGAUUUAGAAAUGGCUGACGGAUCCGCUCAGAAUUCCGCCGAAUUAUCCGGAAAUAAUAUUAGGUCUGACCCUUCGCCAAAUAAACAGCGGUGGAAAACACCUGUCAUAGGAACAGUGACCAUUAUAACUAUUAUAUAUAAUAUUGUAUUUAUAGCCAUAGUUUUUGGUUACAAGGUUUCUCCGUAUUCGAAAACUUUUUACGGGCUUGCUGGCAGCUCUAUUGGAUCUAUUUGUACUUCUCUCCUUGCAAUUCUUUAUAUCUAUCCCGAAUGGUACAGGCAAGCUGGGAUCAAUAUGUGUGUCGCAGUAAUAUGUACGGCUUCUCUGAAUGUCGCUGGCUUCGUCGUCUAUUUUAAUGUAAAGAAAAUAAUAGGAUUUGAAAAGAUGAACGAUAUUGCUUUCUAUGGUGUCUGCAUUGUUAACGCUGCCGUGUUUGUUUUAUUUUGGAGAUAUCCAGAUGCGCGACAACUUCGAGUAUUCAUUGCUGAUUUAGGAAACGGCAUGCUAAACAGCAUAAAAAAUGCUGCGGAUUAUGUUCGACCGACAGAUCCAGAAAAUGAAGCACCUCGUAACGAGGAAAUCGAGCUUCAACCUUUUGCUGGGCAAAGCGCUGAAGUUUGAGUUUUAACGAAUCUUUUCCAUCCCUCCUAUAAAUCACAUUUUCCUUCGAAGUAUCCAUAUCAAUUGCAAUCCCCCAAGUUCCUGCAUUCUUGUCCGCAAAAAUAAGCAUCAGCUUCAUAUGACAACUUGAUUGCUUUUCACGUUCACUCUUUUAGGAUCUAAGAAUUCGUCUCGUAAUCGUGUUAUUUAUGAAUCGUUCAUUUUCUUUAUGAAUUAAACGCCCUUGUUAAUGGUUAUUUAAUUGUUCUUACGGAAUUUUCGUCGUAGUUCAUUAUUGCUCAUAACAAUAUUGCGUCGUGUAUUUGCCUGUCAUUCAGAAAAGGUAGAGAUGAAAGUGAAAGAUAAUUUCCGUCCAUGCUUCUUUCUUUUCAAAAUGAUCUUCGACAAGAUACUAUGUGAUUAUUUCCACUCUAGUAGUGAAUAUUUUGCUUCUCUAGCCUUAUGACUUGUUUUUACCAUUAAACAGUGUUCUUUCUUUGUCAGAACUUGACAAUUUCCCUUGUUUACAAUUCACAUAGAAUGACUCUUAUUGUAUUGCCAUAUGGUACAUCGCCUGAAAAAGUGAAAUACUAAAAACACAUUUACAACGUUAUGUAACCAAGCUCCUACAUGGCAAUAAAGCCCUUCAUACUCAUAAUAAUGUACUCUUUAUAAAACUACUCUUUCGAUAAUUUUUAUACACAACAUCAUUCAUUCGUAAACUACUUUCUCACAUGCUGGCAAUUUCCAAUCUUUAUACAUACUAAUUCUAC